AUACGUUUUGAGUAAUUGUUUAUUAUUAUUGACUCACGAUACCGAAGCUUCCGACGAGUAUAUAUACUUGCCGUGAGCAUUAUAAUAUACUUACUCGUCGUUCCUAACUUUCUUCUACCCUUCUACCACUGCAGAUUCGCAUCUUCAAUCGUUCUGCAUAUCAUCCAUCAGCUGCGACAAGAACGAAAACGAGAACCAUUAGUCCAACAUGUCGGAACUCGUAGACCUUGUCGCCCAUUUAUUCGACUCGGUAAACCAACUAUUCAAUCUAGUCAGAGAGCGAUUCUCCCACAAUGUCUCCGAGUCCUUCACGUCCAUGACACCGAAACAAUGGAUUCGGCUAGUCAUCAUUGUUGGCGCAUACGCGCUGCUGCGACCUUACAUCAUCAAAAUGGGUGCCAAAUUUCAAGAAAAGCAAAUGGAGAAGCAGUUCAAGGAAGAGGAGGAACGGCAAGCGGAAAUAUCUCCUAAUCAACUGCGCGGCGAAAUCGGUUUACCCGAGGAUAGUGAUGACGAGGACGAACAGGCGGAAACUACGGCUUCGGAUUGGGGAAAGAAGGCUCGGAAACGGCAGAGAAACAUGAUCAAGAAGCUGUUGGAUGCCGAAGAGAAGAGACUUCAGGAGCUGCAGGAAGAUGAGGAGGAUAAGGAUAUCGAGCAGUACCUCGUCGGAUGAAAUCAAUGCAUCGUGCCGACACGCAGGAGGGCUGUCGGCUU